UUUUUAAUGUCACGCGACACUCUUUUAAAAAAAAACCGCUUCAUUUUCAUAUUCGUAUCGAAAAUUUAUGGGAAAAGGUUGGAAACGAAGAAUCUCAUGAAAUUCGUUUCGAUAUAAUCCCUAACACAUCGAUACGGUACAAUCAUCGCUAUACCUAUCGAAUAUCGCGAAUUCAUCGAACACCAGGUAUAUUCGUAACGCGGAUAGAAGCGCGUUGGCAGGUUCGUUUGGCUGACGAUAGGCGGUGCGAUAGUCAAUAGAUGGUAGAAGUAGGUGGCGCUAAGCGCAUCGAUGGCGACGAAUGGAUGCGCGAGAGAGUCAGUCGUAGAGCCACCACGCACGGUGACGGUCGUUGACGAGUUUGUACGGACGAGCGAUAGCGAGUAAAAACGAGUAAGAGAGAGAGAGAGAGAGCACAAAUUUGACGAAUCAAGACGAGGAAGAAGAAAGGAAUCGUUGGCAGCGUUUCUCGAUCAUUUACAAAGCGGAUCGCGCGUUCAUCUUCGUCGUCGAUUCCUCCUCGGCCGUACGCGGUUGUUGGUGCGUUCGAGAAAUCGCCUUGGCGCGCGCGCGCGCGCCCCAGUGCGUGCGCGAGAGUUUGGAGCGAGAGAGAGAGAGGGAGAGAGAGAGAGGGAGAGAGAGAGAGAGAGAGAGAGAGAGAGAGCGAGAGAGGGGGAGGAAAGAGAGAGCGCAUCGCACUUUGUCUCUCGACGACGCCGCCGUGUCGUUCUCUCGGCCGAGAUACUUUAGAGUGUUGUGGUGUUAUUUUUCGCAAGGCAAACCCAUAACAAGAUUUACGGCGAAAAAAGAUUCUUGCCAUUUACGUGGCUACGCUUUCUCGUGGAGGUGCUGGAGGAAGAGGAGAGAUCCGCAAAGCGAUUCGAGAAAAAGUAAUUGAUAGAAACUGAUCGAGAGUAAAAGAGAGAGGAAAGUGGAAGGUGGGUGAGAACGGGAGACGGAGGGCCGGAGGUAACCAGUGACGGAUUUUUUUUCGCACAACGGUGGAGCAAAACGGCCUCAAACUGUGGGGCUCUGGGGCGUUCUUCCUUCCUCCGCAAGGGAUGUACUACCCUCACAUGGUGCAGACAGGAAUGGCUGCGCCGUACGGUGGGGGUGUCUUCCCACCACCGGUAAACGGUGUCGCGGGCGUCGUUGGGGCGGCCGGGACGGCGGGCGAGGUGAAACCACCCCCGCCUGUGCCGGUGAAGGAGGACAACAGCGGAGCGGGCCAGCAGGCACCACCAAGUGGAGCCCAGGUAUCGGCACCGACAAGCGGACCCCAUCCUUCGGCACCGGGGGCACCAACGGCAGCCAGUUUCAGCCCACCUCCGCCGCCGAACGGCGUCGAUCAGCAAGCGAUCUCGGAGGUGUUUCAGGCGGCGGUGGCUGCGGCGGCUGCGGCGGCCGCGAGCGGAGGUGGACAACAAGCCGCUACCACUCAGGGAGGAAAUGAGACGAGCCCGGAGGGAGCCGUCGAAGCUGGAUCUCUCGUACCGGUGACCUCAGGCGCGACAACACCGGCUACCGUGACGCAGGCCACGGAUCUCAAGGGCCAGCCUAAGCGCCUACACGUCAGCAAUAUACCCUUUCGUUUCCGAGACCCCGAUUUAAGGGCGAUGUUCGGGCAAUUCGGCCCGAUCCUCGACGUGGAAAUCAUUUUUAACGAGAGAGGAAGCAAGGGAUUCGGUUUUGUAACAUUCGCAAAUAGUGCUGACGCGGACCGGGCACGUGAGAGGCUACACGGCACCGUGGUUGAGGGCAGAAAGAUUGAGGUGAACAAUGCUACGGCGAGGGUGCAGACGAAAAAGCCACCGACGGUACCCAACGUUUGCGUACAAUGGCCAGAGGCGGCAGCAUUAAGAGGAGUGGCCAUUCAAAGGGGAAGAGUCGGAGCGGCAAGGGCAGCUUUUCCGAGCAGCGCGGCGGCGUUGGCGUUGGCCAGAAAUCCAGGGCCGCUCGCAGCCGCGGCCGCCGCCACGGCCCUUCAUCCCUUUGCGCCUGCCGUCUAUUACGACCCCUUCCUAGCAGCACACGCGGCGACACAGGAUCCAAACUACAGGCUACAGUUGGAAUGGCCGCAAGCUACAGCCGAAGCAGCUGCAGCGGCGGCCGCAGCAUCGCCAUUGCUAAAGACGCCGCUCUCGACGGCACAGCAAGCGACUUAUGCAGCUGCAGCGACUUACACGGCGGUGGCUGCGCGCGCAUACGGGGCAGCUGCAGCGGCAGCACAGCCGGUCGCAGGAUAUGCCGCAGUAGCGGGUUACGGACGCGAAUACGCCGACCCUUAUCUCGGACACGGCAUCGGUCCGGUGGCAGGAUACGGGGCAACGGUCUAUAGAGGCGGAUACAACAGAUUUACGCCUUAUUAAAGGAGAAUUUGGAGAGAGGGGAUCGGCAAGAAACGCGACGACCAGAAAUCGACAAUGACGAUCGUCGUCGUCGUCGUCGUCGCCGUCGUCGGUAACGCCGCGAAACAAGAAGCAGCGGUACACGUUCGCGCACACGCAUAUACACGAGAGUACACCGACGCGCAUAGAGGCGCAGCACACAUCCAACGUUACACGCAAAGCACAUCGACGAGAAAGAAGCGACGCCUGGACCCUUUAAAGUAAGCCUGCCAACGUUCGAGAGCAGCUCCAUCACCACCGCCAUCAUCAGUGACAGAAAACGUCGUCGAUCGCGCGUACAAAAUCAUCCCACGCUCUUUUUCUUCACGAACAUUUGCGUUUCUAAGAUCGAAAGGACUAAGAGAGAGAGCGCGCCUAUCGCUUCUCUCCUUUUUCCCUCUCCCACCCACCCCCCUUUCUAGCCAGUUAUUUAUUUAUCAAUAGCAGUCUCGACGAUAGGAGAAAAAGGACUCAUACACACACACACACACAAACACAAUUGCCGGAAAUGAUAGUAUCUAUAGAAAGAGAAGCAUCUAUAUUUCCUUGAAAACAGAUUCGCGUCCUUUUAGAGCGCUGGACGAUGAACACAGCCGGACGUUGCACAGGGUCUCAACAGGGUCUAGUCAGACACUCUCUCUCUUACCGGUUCCUAAUCGAAGCACCACCGAUUUUAAAACGUCGCAAAUAUAGAUCACCCUAGAUCCGCGAUUCGCUAGAAAGACAAAUUAAUACUUGAAAGCGUACUCAAUACUCUCUGGCAAGGCGAACCGAAGGGAUCGGCACGUAUAUCCGAUCUAUAUAUUUCCUUCGAAAUAUAUAUCGUUUGUUCGCCUUUCCAUUUUCCUUGUCUUCUUCUUUUCUUUUUUUUUUUUUUUGUUUUUUUUUCCUUUAUCCCCUUUUUUCUCUCAUUACAUCUCUCAGCAUCGUAUUCUACAAACGCUAGAAUUUACGUCGAAAAACCAAAUCAAAACGUAUGCGAAUCACGCCGCACGAGCGCACGAAACGUUUACGUUUAGUUUCAUUGGGCGGGCGCCAACUCGCUCGCCACUUUUAUUAUUGCUAUUAAUAUUAUUAUAAUUUUAUUAUUAUUAUUAUUAUUAUUAUUAUUAUUAUUUUAUCAUUAUCAUUAUUGUUAUUAUUAUUAUUAUUAUUAUUAUUAUUAUUAUUAUUAUUAUUAUUAUUAUUAUUAUUAUUAUUAUUGACAUUAGACCGCGCGAAAGAUCUCUCUCAAUCGAGGAGAUAUGAGAAUGCAAAUGAAGGACGAUGGUCUGGAUUUUUUUUCUUUUUUUUUUUUUAUCCUCUAAGAGAGAGCGUGCGCGCGUCCGUCGCUGACUAGGUUUUAACAUUCGAAGAAAUGCGACCGUAGUAACGGAUGUCGCGUCGACGAUCGUACGUCUAUUGUCCAAAGAUCGGUCUUUCGAACACGAUCGGGAAAACUCGGGAAGAGGGAAGAUAUCGAUUCUGAGGAAUUUGCGUUUCGCGUACUUCGCGAAUGAUCAUAAAAGGAAGAACGCUUUUAUCCUUUGUGUAUAUUUUUGAUAGGUCGUUCUUUGUUUUAAUACACGAUUGCUCGAUACACACACACGCGUGUAUGUUCGUCGUCGCGCGCCGUCGUCUAUCCUCCUCGUAACAGAUAAUACAGUUCGCGCACACACGCGGCAUAAUUCUUUAUGAAUUUUUGUAGUAAAUAACACUUUUGUAUUAUACUUGCUAUUAUUAUUUUUACGGAUUUAAUCAGAUCGGCCGUGUCGCGACGAGUUAGAACGAGCUUUUAAUUAAAAAGAGUCGCGGACGUUUUUUAUAUUCGAUUCGGUAAUAGAAUAUUCGAUAUCUUAAUGGGAUUUAGCGAGAACAUUAUUUUCUCUGAAUGUAUCCACGAGUUUGUCUCUCGAGUGCACGUCUAACGACCCAUUUGAAUUGUCGUCAAUGGUUCGUUAAUCCUUUGCUCGCUUUCUCCCGAUCGUAGUCGAGGAUCGACGAUAUAUCACGAAAGAGGAAAAACAAAGAACAAAGUUACGCUUACGAUGGAUUUAACAAGAAAUGGAAAUUGAACGCACAUUGAGACGAGUGAGAGUGAUGUAUCACCAUACGCCCUUACCUUUUAAGUUAUAAUUAGCGCGCGAGGAUUUAUCUAAUAUUAUACACCUAAGGAAAAUAAGAAUUCUCGCACGAGAGAAUAACGAGAGAGAGGCGGCGGACGUCGUAGGAAAAAAAGGAAAAAGAAAGAAGAGGAACGAAGAGAAAGAGGACGGCGGCGAGCCGAUGGAUAGAUAUUACGAGGGGGAGAAUACGAAGUAGCCAAAUAUGACGAAAGAUUUAUCUUUAACUAUCCAACGGCUAGGAAUAGUCUUCUGACCGUUAUUUUACGUUUUAGUUUUUAAAUUUUCUUAGAACAUUAGAAUAAGGCUAACGACGCAUAGCUCUCUCUAAACCUUUCGAGAAUGGACAGAACAAGAUAGUAGUCUUUUUUUGCGUGUGCGUGGGUGCCAGUUAUAUAAAUGUGUAAAUAGAGAAGGAUCGAUCGUCGAGCACAAAAUAAGCCGAAGAACGUAGCCGAAGAAGACUCAAGAUAUACUCAUAAUUUUCUCGUAAACGUUAAGAUUGACGAGUCGGUAGAUCGUAAUGAAAUUCAACACAAAUAUAUAUAUAUAUAUACAUAUAUAUAUAUAUAUACAUAUAUAUACAUAUAUAUAUAUUCAUAUACAUAUGUAUGUACACACACACACACACACACACGCACACACGUGAAAUUAAAACGUGUGAGAGGUAAUCUUAGCUGCUACGCGAUUACGGUUACGAUUAGGAUUAGAAUUACGAUUACGAUUACGAUUACGAUUACGAUUACGAUUACAAUAACGAUAAACUUUAUUCUACCAAGGGAAUAGCUCGAGGAAUCUUUCGAGGAAGAUGAAAAAGAAGGAUCGAAGAGAGCCAUUAUAGUAUUUAGCCGAUAGACGAAAAUUGAUCGAUCACAUUUGGAAAUUUUGCAAAUUUCAAAGAACACGUCUCGAAGGAACGAACGAACGAAUCUGCUUUGGGAGUUAAUUCUGUGUAAUGUGAACUGUGACUAAAAUUUAUACUUACUCGUAAUCGAUAUCUUUAUCGGGGUAGGCUAUUAUUAUUAAAUAGUUGCUAGAGAUUAAGUCAAGCUCAAAUUAGGAAAAGCGCGUCACGAGUGCACAACCAAAUCUUUCGUUCUUCUCUUUCUUUUCCUUUGGGCCUUUUCUCCUCUUCUUUAUCUCUUUUUCUCUUUUCUUUUCGCUUUUUUUCUUUUCUUCUUCUUCUUCUUUUUUUUUUUCUUUUUUUUUUUUUUUCUUUUUUUUUCUCGACAUACGAUCGUAUCGCGUCCCUUCUUUCUCUUCUUCUUUCUUCCUUACCUUCUUGGCUUUUAGCUCUUUAAGCGAUAGAAACGCGUAAAGACAAUUUAAAAUUCCAUCGUCCUUUCGUUUAUAUCCCGAAUCGUUUAGACCAUCGGUCUAAACAUUAGCGAACGGGAAGAAGGGAAGAAAAAGAAUUCUAAUAAGAAAAAUAAAUUAUCUGAACGAAUCUGUAUCAAUUUCAUUUCUAUUAAUUUCAUUGUUUUUCGCGGCGGGUCGUACCAAAUCAAUUGUAUCGAGAGAGAAAAAAAAGGAAAAGAAAAGAAAAGGAGGGGGAGGAGGAAGGAAAGAAAGAAAGAAAAAAAAAGAGAUAAGCGAGCAAUGUAUAAAGUUAUUCAAUGAUACGCACCGUAUGUUAUACGUAUAAAUACUUACAACUAGCGAUAUAAAACAUUAAUUACCAUUAAAGGGAAUUUUUAAAUGAAUUUAGAUGAAUACAUGACGUAAUGACACAUCUAACGAGCAACAUAUCCUAGCGUAUUAGGCAGGGCGCGUUAACCGAGAUCUCUCUGUGCUUUUUACCGUCUUAGUCCUACGAGAGAGUCGACGUUGCGCUAAACGGCAAAAAAGAAGGCAAAGUAUGAUGAACGCCCAUACAAACUCAUUCACACGUAAUACUCGAAAGGAGUUGAAGUCGUAUUCUCGAAAGGGAAACAACAACUUGCGAUAAGAGGAAAAAAGCAAAAGUUGUAUAUACAC